AUGUCCAGGUCCGGCACUGCAUUCCAAGAUUCAACAAACCAAGCUAAUUUUUCACAGGAGUCCUAUUUUACAUAUUCUGACCAAGAAACGUCCCCAGUUGAUCAUGAUAUUAGUUUUCGGCCUGGAUUAGGGGCGGAUGGUUCGGAGACAUUCACGCCACGAACAAUAAUCUAUGACCUCAAAGGCGGGUUUGGUUCCCUCCGACAAUACAAUUCUCUUUACGAGCCGGAUGACGGCCAUGGAUUACCCAGAAGUUUAUGGGACGGCAAUGAAGCUACCCACAAGCAACCCGCGAUUCCUCAAAACGAGUAUCAAAAAUGCCUAGAGCUCGGUCUGCCGCCCCCCAAGCUCACGGCUGAAACUGUAAGGUAUUGGUCUGAUUUUAACCGAUUGUUUUAUCAUCCGAAAUCUAUUGUCCAGUUAAACGAAUACGACAUCAAUUCUCAAUUGCUGCCGUUUGAAGAUUGGUCACUCGGCGAAGGUCUUUUUAGCAACCUUGAUCGAGAAUAUGACCUCCUUGAUCGCGACUUCAGGCCAUUUGCGGAAGAAUGUGAUCAACUGCGAGGGAUUCAAGUGUUUACUGGAACAGAUGAUGCCUGGGGCGGCUUUGCAGCUAGGUACAUCGACAGACUUAGUGAUGAAUUUGGCAAGAAAAAUAUCUGGGUAUGGGCCUUGGAUAAUGGGACUAGAGUGGACAAGGCCCAACAACUCCUUAGGGCAAAGAAUUCUGCCAGAUCGAUCAGCAACAUGGCUAACCAAGUAACUGCAUACGUUCCCAUUUUGACACCACCUUUCAAGACACCCAGAUAUGUAAAUUUUGCCUGUCAAUCAGAAUGGUACUUUUCAGCGGUGACUUCAAUGGCUGUUGAAAGUGUUACUUUACCAACACGCCUGCGUUGGUAUGAUGGGCUUGAGUCGUGGUUGUUCGAAAACGCAAGUCCACAACGCAUAUUCGCGCUCGGUGCCACUAUACAAAUAGAAGGAACAGAGCCGGGAUUCGCCAAUCAAUCGACCCGAAACAACUGCAUAAGCCUAAAAGAUAAUGAUGCCGACGAUGCAGAGCAAAGCGAACUUUCUCUUGAUUUGAAUUUCUCGUCAAUUGGGCCAGCAGAUCGACAUAAUGGUGAUGAGCAUGUUUUCCACCAAGUCCGGGUCGUGCGCAAUUCUCAAGAAGACAAAGGGCAACCGCACCAACGGCAAGUUGGCCAAAAUUUGACUGUUCAGCGAUUGAUGCAACAUCAUGGGCAUGCUCCCAGCAUCUUCAGCAACUUUAAAUCCUCCCUAGAAUUCCCAAUCCUUGAUUCCUUUCCUUCCGAUUUAAUUCGAAAUCAAUCUCGAACAGGAUCGACACUAAGCGUCGAAGUCGCAUUAUCCGCAACAAGCACCAUUGGCAAACAGAUUGAUGCCCUUCGAGAAACUAUUGGGAAACGCACUAAGGUUGAAGAGCGUGAAGAUCUUCUCAACGGCCUUAGCGAGUUGUCAGAGAUGUAUCAGGCUCACUGGGAAGACGAUUCCGAUUAUGGGGACGAUUAA